CCGGCAUAAAAAAACCCACGCCUUUCCCCGCACUCUGCACUCGAAACCGGAGAGUAAGAAGCCAGCACUCUCUCUCCCUACUCAGAAGAAGUGGCUGAGCAAAGAAACAAAGAAAAUGCCAUCGCUCUAUCUUCUCCUCCUCUUCCUCGCCGCCGUCCGUCCUUCUGCCGCCGCCGACGCCGGCGAAGUAACGGCGGUGGAGCACCGCGCCCUCCUCGACGUCAAGGCGGCGAGCGGCAGCCCCUCCGGGUCCUUCGCCGGCUGGGACGCCACGGCCGAUCACUGCCGCUCCUGGGCCGGCGUCGCCUGCGACGCCGCCGGCCGCGUCGUCUCCCUCGACAUCUCCAACCUCAACCUCUCCGGCCCCAUACCGCCGGAGCUCUCCCUUCUCUCCGGCCUCCGCUACCUCAAUCUCUCCAAUAAUGUCUUCAAUGGCACCUUCCCCUCCGCGCUCUCCAGCCUGAAGAACCUCCGCGUUCUCGACAUCUACAACAACAACCUCACCGGCGUCCUUCCCGUCGACGUCGCCGACCUUCCUGCCCUCCGCCACCUCCACCUCGGCGGCAACUUCUUUUCCGGCGCCAUCCCGCCGGAGUACGGCCGGUGGGAGCAUAUUGAAUACCUCGCCAUCUCCGGCAAUGAGCUCGGCGGCCCCAUCCCGCCGGAGCUUGGCAACCUCACCAGCCUCCGCGAGCUCUACAUCGGGUACUUCAACAGCUACCAGGGCAGCCUCCCCGCCGCCAUCGGCAACCUCACCUCUCUCGUCCGUCUCGACGCCGCCAACUGCGGCCUCUCCGGCGAGAUCCCGCCGGAGAUGGGCAACCUUCAGAACCUCGACACCCUCUUCCUCCAGGUGAACGGCCUGUUCGGCGAGAUCACGCCGGAGCUCGGCAAGCUCCGGAGCCUCAAGUCCAUGGAUCUCUCCAACAACGCCCUCGCUGGAGAGAUCCCGCCGACCUUUGCCGACCUCAAGAACCUCACCCUCCUCAACCUCUUCCGCAACAAGCUCUACGGGGCCAUCCCGGACUUCGUCGGCGAUCUCCCGCAGCUGGAGGUGCUCCAGCUCUGGGAGAACAACUUCACCGGCGAGAUCCCCCGCCGGCUCGGAACCAACGGCCGCCUCCAGCUCCUUGACCUCUCUUCCAACAAGCUCACCGGAUCCCUCCCGCCGGAUCUCUGCUCCGGCGACAAGCUCCAAACCCUGAUCGCCCUCGGGAACUUCCUCUUCGGAUCCAUCCCGGAAUCCCUCGGCCGGUGUAAAUCCCUCAGCCGGAUUCGGUUGGGGGAGAACUACCUCACCGGAUCGAUCCCCAUUGGCCUCUUCAGCUUGCGCAACCUCGUCCAGGUCGAGCUCCAGGACAACCUCCUCAACGGCAGCUUCCCGGAGAAGGCCAGCUCGCCGACGCUCGGCCAGAUAAGCCUCUCUAACAACCGCCUCUCUGCCGCUCUCCCGUCGUCCAUCGGCAACUUCCCCGGCCUCCAGAAGCUCCUCCUCGGCCAGAACCAGUUCUCCGGCUGCAUCCCGCCGGAGAUCGGGAAGCUGCAGCAGCUCUCCAAGAUGGACUUCAGCGGCAACCGCUUCUCCUGCCCGAUCCCUGCAGAGACCAGCAAGUGCAAGCUCCUAACUUUCAUCGAUCUCAGCCGGAACAAUCUCUCCGGCGAGAUCCCGGUGGAGAUUACCGAAAUGAGGAUCUUGAAUUACCUUAAUCUGUCGAGAAACCAUCUUGAAGGGGAGAUUCCGACAUCCAUUUCGACAAUGCAGAGCCUGACGGCCGUCGACUUCUCCUACAACAACCUCUCCGGCCUCGUCCCGGGCACCGGUCAGUUCAGCUACUUCAACCAGACAUCCUUCGUCGGCAACCCCGACCUCUGCGGCCCCUAUCUCGGGCCUUGCCGACCCGGAAUUCCCGAUGACUCGCAUCCAUCUCAUUCCAAAGGUCCCCUCUCUGCUUCCUUAAAGCUAUUGCUUGUCAUUGGCCUUCUUUUCUGUUCCAUCGCCUUCGCCAUCGCCGCCAUUAUCAAAGCUCGGUCUUUGAAGAAGGCCCGCGAAGCUCGAGCAUGGAAGUUCACGGCUUUCCAGCGUCUCGAUUUCACCUGCGACGAUGUCUUGGAUUGUCUGAAGGAGGAGAACAUCAUCGGGAAAGGAGGCGCUGGAAUUGUAUACAAGGGCGUUAUGCGCAACGGUGAAGAGGUGGCGGUGAAGAGGCUCCCGGCAAUGAGCAGGGGAUCAUCCCAUGACCAUGGGUUCUCUGCGGAGAUUCAAACGCUUGGGAGGAUCCGACACCGGCACAUCGUAAGACUGCUGGGCUUCUGUUCUAACCAUGAGACCAAUCUUCUAGUUUACGAGUAUAUGCCCAAUGGGAGCCUCGGAGAGGUUCUCCAUGGAAAGAAAGGAGGCCAUUUGCAAUGGGACACAAGGUAUAAGAUUGCCGUGGAAGCGGCCAAGGGCCUGUGCUAUCUCCACCAUGACUGCUCCCCCUUGAUCCUCCACCGCGAUGUCAAGUCCAACAACAUCCUCCUGGAUUCCAAUUUCGAAGCCCAUGUUGCUGAUUUUGGCCUCGCCAAGUUCCUGCAGGACUCCGGUACUUCCGAAUGCAUGUCAGCCAUCGCCGGCUCUUAUGGAUACAUUGCUCCAGAAUACGCCUACACUCUGAAGGUGGAUGAAAAGAGCGACGUCUACAGCUUUGGAGUGGUGCUCCUAGAACUUGUAAGCGGAAAGAAGCCUGUUGGGGAAUUUGGGGAUGGUGUCGACAUCGUGCAGUGGAUGAGAAAGAUGACGGACUCCAACAAGGAGGCGGUGACGAACAUCCUGGAUCCGAGGCUGUCGACGGUGCCGCUUCAUGACGUGAUGCAUGUGUUCUAUGUGGCGAUGCUGUGCGUGGAAGAACAGAGUGUCGAGCGCCCAACGAUGAGGGAAGUCGUCCAGAUCCUCUCCGAGCUGCCGAGGCCAACGCCGAAACCAGGAGAGGACUCUUCGAACGAUGAAGAAUCUGAAGCACCAGCCCCGGUUCCUUCAGCAGAAACACCCAGCAAAGAGCAGCAGCAACCAGCUCCACGGUCACCACCACCUGAUCUCCUUAGCAUUUGAAGUUCUAGGCUUAGAAGUUGGCGUGUAAGGUUUUCUUUCUUGCUUUCUUUUGCCCGAUCUGUGUCCCUAGAUUAGGAUUAAGUUGUCGGAAUUCCUGUACAGCUGAAUUGGAUGGGUUUUGCUUGGUUUACUCUCUCUUCUAGUACUGCUGCUCCUCCUCGAGUUAACAUCAAAGGUGAUUGUUUCAGGGUUCUUCAUUUCCAUGAACAAGUAAAUGAAACUGCAGGAAUUAAACGCCAGGAAUGACGUGGGUUGGUAUUCAA